AUGCCCCAUUCCCUCAGUGAACAGGAAGUAUCAGCAAUCGCAUCUAGGACUCAUGGUUAUGUCGGUGCGGACCUAUCGUCACUUAUAAGAGAAUCAGCUUCAGCAGCUAUUCAGCGAUGGCACUCCUCAAAACCAUCAGAAGGAAGCAAACCGGUUCUUACAAAUGCGGACGUUUUAACUAUCCUACCUACGAUACGACCAUCAGCGAUGAGAGAAGUGUUCCUGGAGACUCCUGCUGUGCGAUGGUCAGAUAUAGGUGGACAAGACGAUGUCAAGCAGAAAUUACGAGAAUGUGUAGAAUGGCCAUUAACACAUCGAGAUACAUUCGCUCGAUUGGGUGUGGAAGCUCCACGAGGUGUCCUGCUGUAUGGUCCACCAGGUUGCAGUAAGACCAUGACGGCGAAAGCUUUAGCCACGGAGAGCGGUAUCAACUUUAUUGCCGUCAAAGGUCCGGAGCUGCUCAACAAAUAUGUCGGUGAAUCUGAAAGAGCAGUUCGAGAAAUCUUCAGAAAAGCCAGAGCUGCGUCGCCAUCGAUCGUCUUCUUUGACGAGAUCGACGCACUCGGAUCGGCCAGAUCAGACGAUCACACCCAUUCUGGUGUACUCACUUCUCUGCUCAACGAGAUGGACGGUAUCGAAGAGCUCUCUGGUGUAACCGUAGUAGCAGCUACCAAUCGGCCAGACGUGCUCGACUCCGCAUUGAUGAGACCCGGCAGAUUGGAUCGAAUCCUCUAUGUCGGUGCGCCUGAUCUGGACACUAGAAAAGAUAUUUUCAGAAUUCGACUGGCUACUAUGGCUGUCGAACCUGGCGUAGAUGUCGAGGAGCUAGCUCGUAUAGCGGACGGCUGCUCGGGAGCUGAGGUAGCUUCAAUCUGUCAGGAUGCUGCAUUGGCAGCUAUGAAUGAAGAUCUCGAUGCGCCUUGCGUCAAGAAAUCGCAUCUUCUCCAUUCGGCUCGAACGGUGAGAAGGAGAAUAACACCAGAUAUGAUAUCUUUCUUUGAAGAAUGGAGGGAUCAAUCGGGAGUGAGGAGUGCAUAG